CGCACCGGCGCUGGCCCUCUUUUGCCGCCGCCCAAAACUGCUUACGGGGUGUGUGGGGGUGCCGCCUCACUCCCGCACUCCCUAACCGAGCGCACCGGGGCUUUGCCGUGCAGCGAAGCUUGGCGAGGAUUAAACUGGGGAAGGCAGGGUUUGGGCGCUCAGAACGAAUUCGGCCCUUUGCCCUGCCCAGCGGGAGGUGAAGCAGGGGAACCCGCAACCGUGGCCCUUUUCUGGACAUCUGGCACGGAAACGGCCUCGGCCGCCCUUUCCUGGACGGUGACUCGGUCUGUCUUCCUCCUGGCCGGCAGGGUCUUCAGUGGGACAUGGAGCCCCAGCCCACGGCAGCCGCUCAGCCCCUCGGCAUCCCCGAGCAGACCCCCGUGGGGGACGUACUUCCCGAAACGGCCGAGCUCUCCCUGACGGUCGUGGCGGAAAUCCAAGCGGUGGAGGGCAAGGUGGACUCCUACGCCGCGCAGCUCAUGAGCCUGGAGGGCAGGAUGGGGAUGGCCGAGACGAAGCUGGACGGCUGCGAGAAGACGGCCGUCGAGUUCGGCAACCAGCUGGAGAGCAAGUGGGCCGCCCUGGGGACGCUGAUCCAGGAGUACGGGCAGCUGCAGCGGCGGCUGGAGAACAUGGAGAACCUGCUCAAGAACCGGAACUUCUGGAUCCUCCGUCUUGCCCCGGGCUCCAAGGGGGAGACCCCCAAGGUCCCGCUGCAGUUUGACGACACCUCCUGCAGUUUCUCGGAGCAAGAGUGGAGGAGCCUGGACGAAGGCCAGAAGGACCUCUACCGGGACAUCAUGAAGCAGAACUACCAGGCGGUGGUUUCUGUCGAUGCGGCCAUCUCCAAACCGGACCUCCUCUCCCGGAUUGAGCAAGGAGAGGCUUCAGAUCAGCCAGAUGGCCGGGAAGAGGAGCUCCCUGAAGAGUCCAGCUUGAGUGAGAGGCCAGGAUCUCCAAUUUCGGCUCUCCACAGCAGUUCCUGGAUGGAGCAAGAGGAUCUGACUCUCGUCAAAGGCUUGGGGGGCUUAGAGGACAGAGAAAUCCCUGAGGACUCUGCCAUGGGCGCUCCUCAGCUCCUGGAGGGUGAUGGUGACGGCGACAGCCUCUUCCCCCGCAAGUGGACGGAAGUGUUCCAGGGCCCAGGAGAGGAGCUGCUGGGUGAGAGCCAGCCCGUCUCCCUCGCCCUGCCCAGGAAGCCUGCCGGGAGCGGCCUCCGGCGGUCAGCACGAGGGGUGCCCGAGGCGCAGAAAGAGGACUCUGCAACACUAGCCGCAGAAGCUCACGCCGGCCCCUUCAUCUGCUGCGAGUGUGGAGAAGGCUUCCUAGACAAGCAGCUCUUUGCCAGCCACCAGAAGAGCCAUGGCGGAGGAGGGGCGUACCCGGUGCCGGAGCCCGAAGGAGGCCCGGAGGCCAAGCUGCCCCCCCUCGCCAUCCAGCGGGCCCCGACUCCCGCACGGGCCAAGGUGCCCAAGCGCCCCGAGCCCCAGAGAAGCCCGACGUCCAGACCCAGCGCGGGGAAGCGGCCCGGCAACCACAUGGUGGAACGGCCCUACACCUGCACCCAGUGCAAGGAGAGCUUCAAGCUGGAGGUCAGCCUGCUGCUCCACCAGAAACUCCACGCGGGGAAGGGCGAUGGGCCGCUGACCUGCACAUACUGCGGCAAGGACUUCCGCGACCUCUCCAAAGCCGUGCGGCACCAGCGGAUCCACACGGGCGAGCGGCCCUACCAGUGCACGGAGUGCGGGAAGAGCUUCAUCCGGCGGGACCAUCUCCUGAAGCACUGGCGCGUCCACACGGGCGAGACGCCCUACCAGUGCGCCACCUGCGGGAAGAACUUCCGCUACAAGGAAUCGCUGAACUGCCACCAGAAAAUCCACACCCGCAACCCCGCGAUGCGCCACCUGAUGCUGGGAACGCAGGCGGGCCUGAUGGGCCUGAAGCCAGAGCAGUCCUAUCCUGCCCAGUCAGGACGGGGCUCCCAGUCCUUACACACCUCCAUGGAACUGGAUACCCCAGCCCCCAUUUCCCAGGUCCUCGUUCUUGAAUCCAUGGUGGCUUUGCUUCCUUGUAAGUCACAGGUGUGGGUUUGGCCCCGGGUGACCCUCCUCCCUGUAUGGCUGUCCUGCGUGAGGGAGAGCAUUCGGGUCCUCAGGGACCCUGGAUCCAGGGGGGCCUCUUCUCCCAAUCCCCGCUUGGCCAAGGUGAUGCACCACCUUUGGCGGAAGUCCCGCAAAACUGUGGCAGGCAGCCCAAAAGCUGUUGGCCUUUGGUGCUCCCUGAGUUGUUUCUUUUCCUGCAGAUCUUUGGUUGCUGGGGCAGGGAACACCUCGGGCACUCAGUCAGGGGGUAACCUGCCUCGCCAGGCAGACCUCAGGAAAGGCGAGGACAAGCUCACCUGCAGGAGGCGGCCGAGAGUCACCAGGGGUGUCUUGGGGGUGUCUUUGGGGAAGGGAGAGUCGCUUCCUACGCUACCUCCCAGUUCCUGUCCCCAGGCGUUGCAGUGGGACCGAGCUGCUCUCCAGCCGCCUCCUGGGUGCUCUUGGAUCCGUCCCAAACCGAGCUGCGAGCAGGUGGCCCAUCGCCAGGCCACCGAGAUCUCCCUUUGGACAGUGGUUGCAGCCAUGCAAGCAAUGGAGAGGAAGGUGGACGUCCACGCCGGGCAGCUGCGCACGCUGGAGCGUCGGGUGGGGCUGGCCGAGAAGAAAAUCUCUGGGGCGGAGAAAGCGGUGGCCGAGUUCAGCCCUCACCUGGAUGCUCUGGGGACGCUGAUCCAGGCCUACGGGCGGCUGCAGAGGCGGCUGGAGAACAUGGAGAACUUACUCAAGAACCAGAACUUCUGGGUCCUCAGUCUCCCUCCGGGCUCCAGAGGAGAAACCCCCCAGGUUCCAGUGAACUUUGAUGACGUCUCGGUCUACUUCUCAGAGCAGGAGUGGGAGAACCUGGACCAGGGGCAGAAGGAGGUCCACAAGAAUUACGAGUCCCUGGUUUCAAUGGAUUAUGCUACUUCCAAGCCUGGUGCGUUGUCCCAGACCGAAAGUGGAAAAGCUUUAAGUGGCGAGAGUCGGGGGCCCUCUGGAGAAGCAGAAGACACCCAGCAAGGCAGUGCAGAAGCAGCUCUCCUCCCCCUGACACCCGCCCGGGCCGAGACGGGGCCUGGCAGCCUGGGAGCGCCCAGCCCCUCGCCUGAGUCUUCGGAGCAGGCCGUGCCCCGCUUCCCGGCGGAGGGCUUGGUACACGUGGACGGCCAGAGGGCUGCCCUCGGGGGAGCGCUGGAGGAGCCGGCGGAGCCUGGAAGAGACUUCGGAAAUUUCACCACCAUCAUUGUCCAGGAAGGGGUCCUUCCGGGUGAAGCCCCGUACGUGUGCCCCGACUGCGGGAGGAGCUUCUUGUACGAGGAGCAGUGCGCCUUGCACCAGCAGUCCCAUCCCCAGGCCUCCCCAGAUCCCGGGGGCAGCCCCCCGCAAGCCCCCCAGCCGGGGCUCCGGGCUUAUACCUGCCCAGAGUGCGGGCGUUGGUUCCCCCACCAGGCCAGCCUGAGCAAGCACCGCCUCUGGCACACGGGCGACCGGCCGCACACGUGCACCGAGUGCCAGAAGAGUUUCCGCCUGAAGAUCAACCUCCACUUGCACGAGCGGACCCACGCGGCCGGCAGGAAAGCAGGGUCCUACAUCUGCGGGCAAUGCGGCCGGAGCUUCAACCACCACUCCAAUUUCCUGCGGCACCAGAUGAUCCACACAGGGGAGCGGCCCUACGCCUGCGGCGAGUGCGGGAAGACCUUCAUCCGGAAGGAGCAUCUCGCCACCCACGGGCGCCUGCACACGGGAGAGCGCCCCUACCAGUGCCCGCUCUGCCAGAAGAGCUUCACCCGCAAGCAGCAUCUGGUGGGACACCAGCGCCUGCACGAGGGGGAGGCGCUCUGGCUGGAGGAUCGCCCAACCCCGAGGGACGUGCUUGGCCCGCGGGGGGGACCCGGGCCCUGGGCAGAAGCCGCCGAGCCCGGGCUCCGGGAAGAGACGUUUCCCCCUUAACUGCGCAGCCGCCUCGUUGCAGACCACGAGGGAGAACCAGAAGGGGGGCGCUGGCCAGGAAGCGGGGUGUGGGCAGCCAUCUUGAACCAACUGCAGGGCCGUCAUCAGUGACGUCCUUGGUCUCCACAGCUGCGGGCCGAGGGCACAAUCUGGGGCUUAAGACCCAUUGCAACAUCCUACCUGGACUGAUUCCUGAACCAAUCUAUAGGGUCUUUGCUGGGGCCAAGGAGCAGGAUGGGUAAAAAAAGUCAAGAAGGCUUCCGAUUGCAUGACCAUGACUUUUUUGACCCCCUUGCGGAUGCUCCGGCAAGGGGGUUAUUCGGAUGCUGUGGCCAACUCUUGGGGGUAAAGUUUUUGUUCUUCGUUUUAAUGCCAGCCUCAGAACUUCCUCUGUGGCGAAGUUGCGAUCCAUUUAACCAGGAGCUAUAGAAUAAGCCGCAAAUAUCUGGGUUCCCCGAAAUAAGCAGCCUUCCCUGGCUUAGCUGGACGUGUGAAGGAGGCUGGCCUGUAAGAGGUGCCAGGUGGCAGUGGGUGAUCUGCGCCAUUUGCAGCCAGUUUCCUCCUCCUCUUCAGAGGCAAGGUGGGAAGUCUGUGGGCUGUUGGGUCCGACUGCAAAGGAGAGUAGGGGGCUGCUCGUGCAGGGCAGUAAAACCAAGCAAGAGAUGCAGGAGUGCAAGAUGACGUAUGGAACGAAACACCCAGUGAGCGCAAUGGAGGUCAAAGUGGUUAUAAUGCCAGCCCCAGCAAAGCAGCAGGGAAUGGCUGCAACCAGGGGCAUCGUGUGUGUGUGUGUGUGUGUGUGUGUGUGUGUGUGUGUCACAAAAGUCAAGGUGGUGGCUGUGACAGUACAAGCAAAACUGCCAUUUGAUUUUUUUUCUCCUCCCCCAACACCCUUCUUCAGAAACUGUCUAAAGAGAAGGGUGACAGUGGAACACGGUGCCAGGGAAGGGAGGAUAUGAAGGCGGGUCAGGGGGAAAUGUUCUUUAGAGGCAUCUGGGUCAGUUCCAGACCUUGAGGACCAGCCCCUUGAAUUGACCCUGGGAAAAAAACGGAGCACUGUGCUUCAGAGAAUUGUUGACAACAGGCUGGCAUUAGUGGAUGAGUGGAAAUGCUGAGACUUUUGUACACCACCCCAAGAAAGGCACUGCCUCUGCCCAGUCUCCUGGUAUUUUUAUUCAUUGCUAUGUUAUCAUUUGCAACGUGAGAAAACCUGGAAAAAUGUUCGUUCGUAUUCCUCACUCGUAGAUUAUGCUGUUCGUCGUACCUGUAUGUCAAUCAGAGAGUAUACCAUUAACCUGCUUAUGUUUAAACGAGGAGAAAAGAAGGGGGAGGCUUAUCUGAGGGGGCUACAAACUGAAGAAAUUGCUAAAUGUCCUUGUUCAGGCGUGUGUCAUAACCGCUAGAGAAGGGGUGCCAUUCUGGCCUUGCACCGCCAGCCUCUCUGCGGUUGCAGAGCAGGCAGAAUCCGAUUCCGUGCAAUGCAAAACGAGGGGGCCGUCUGCAGAACCCGAGAGCCUCCACCGCUGAAGGCUGAAUUUUGAGCACCGUGCUGCCAGCAAUGGGUUGCACUCCCUAAAAGGACACCAGCUGACCUAUAUACACAAGAGAGUAACUUUGGUAGGCUUCAACCUAAUUGUCAAUCUGUAGAACGGUGUUUCUGAACCUCAGC